AUGAUUCAGUUAUUUCCUAAUGAAUUGCAAAUUCAAAUUUUAACGGAUGUUAUUACUAAGACAAAUUUUGAGUAUUUUUGUACUCUUCGAACAGUUUGCAAAAAAUGGAACACAUUCGUUCCUUUAAUAAUGAGUGAAAUCGUUAUUUCUAGAUUAAACUCUGAUUUAGAACUUGAGUUAACGGACUGGAACGAAUCCAAAUGGUCUAAAGAAAUGCCUCCAACAUAUGAUGAUCAAACCAAGACUUUUACUUUUUUAUUUAAUAAUGAUAAUCAUACUAACAAGCGUAAAGUUUACAAAUAUGAUUCCCUAUUCUUUAGAAAAUUUAACAAACCUAAGCCUAUAGAUAAUUUCAUAGCAUUUGUGGAAAAGACAGAUAGUUCAUUUUUUCCAAUUAAGAUUGGAGCUAAAUUUGGUAGUUUAGCUUGGCCUAAAUUUGGUAGUUUUUUAGCUUGGCCUAAAUCCGUAAAUAAUGAUUUAGAUAAACAUGAAUUCGAUAGUAAAAGUAAUGUGUGUUUUAAACGAUUGGAUGAUGAUAAAAACGAUGGUAAUAUAAGGCUUUAUAGUUUUACCAUUGCGGCUUGGAAACUUUACUAUAUUUUGGAUUGUCUUCAAACUAAUGUGAUACUUAUGCAAUUGAGAGAAGGAUUUCAAUAUUUUUACGAUGAUAUAUACAAUGGAAGCUUCUGUGGCACAUCAAAUCCAGGCACUAGAAGACGUCGUCCUUGUAAUUUAGAUUAG